CGGGCGCAUGGAGCGAACGGAGCCGCCCGCGGCCGCCUACGAGCGGCGGGUGCUGGUGAGCGCGGCGCAGCACUGCUACCUGCGGGUCCGCCUGGAGCUGCCCGACGGCGCGGCGCGGCCCGGCGCCCCGCAGCUGAAGCAGCUGGUGGUGGCGGCGCUGCGGGAGCUGCACGGAGAGGUUGGGGCCGCUCUGCCUGUCGACGUCUUGGCGUACGAGGAGAAAAGUCUCUGUGCCGUCCUGAGAGUGAUUAGCGGUGGCCUCGUCAAGCUGUGGAGCGCUCUGACCCUGCAGGGCUUCUACCAGAACAGGCGCUGUGCCUUCCGGGUGCUGCAGACAUCUCCAUUUCUUCUUGCGUUAGCUGGGAACAGCAGGGAGCUGGUCUUGGACUGAGUGUGUCUGGUUGGACUGUCAGAAGGUCCUUGAA